AUAAGCGUAUUAACUUUGCUUCACGCAAAUGGCUGAAACUGUGAUUUUGAAGUACCUGAAUGCUAAAGUUCCAAAGAGAAUUUAGUGACAAAGAGAAAGAAAUUCGUUUCCUCAAAAAUAACUCGGUUUUGAUUAUAUUGGUGAAAGAUGAAGAAAAGUAAUCCCUUGCUGCGGUGGUUUGCAAUAACUGUGCUUUGUUUCUUGCUGCUUAGUGGUUCUUCUGAGGGUUCCGCCUCAAUUAGAAGAGCUUUGCUGAAGAAUAAUAACCUCACACAACCGUCAACUUCGCCUGCUGUUAAGCUGGAUGAAAAAAAUCAUAACCAGGUUGUGAUGGAUAAUGGAAUCAUCCGCGUUACGUUGUCCAGACCAGAAGGCUACGUCCUUGCAAUAUCUUAUAAUGGAAUUGACAAUGUACUCGAAGCUCAAAACGGAAAUGAUAAUAGAGGGUAUCUUGACGUUGUUUGGAAUCAAGGUUUUCAGAAAAUCAAAGGGACCAAGUUCUCAGUUAUAGAAAAGACUGAAGAUCAAUUAGAAGUUUCAUUUUUAAGAGAAUGGACAUCUUCCAUGAUCGGAUCAGUCCCUAUAAAAAUAGACAUGAGGUAUAUAAUGCGAAGAGGCGACUCGGGAUAUUACUCGUACGCAAUAUUUGAGCGGCCAAAAGGAUUUCCAGCAGCUCGGGUUUUUCAGAUUAGGCUAGUUUAUAAGCUCCGACAAGACAAGUUCCACUAUAUGGCUAUAUCAGGGAAGAGGCAAAGAGUGAUGCCAACAGCUGAGGAUAGAAGCACCGGACAGAAACUUGCUUAUCCUGAAGCUGUUCUUUUGACCAAUGCGAAGGACCCAAGAAUUAGAGGAGAGGUGGAUGACAAAUACCAGUACUCGGCGGAGAACAAAGACAACUGUGUGCAUGGAUGGAUUAGCUUUGACACAGAACCACACACCGGCUUCUGGGUUAUCGCGCCCAGUAAUGAGUUUCGUAAUGCUGGGCCCCACAAACAAGAUCUUACGUCUCAUGUUGGCCCCACCUCCCUUGCUAUGUUUGUGAGCACUCACUACGCUGGGACGAAUGUGUCGAUUAACUUCCAAGAAGGGGAGACUUACAAGAAGGUGUUUGGCCCUAUCUUUGUCUAUCUUAACUCUGCUUCAACCAACGAGGAUUUAGAUACGCUCUGGUCUGAUGCUGUUCGACAGUUCAACGAGGAAGUCAAAAGCUGGCCCUAUGAUUUCCCUCGAUCUCCAGAUUUCAUUCUUCCGGGUCAACGUGGAACAGUAAAUGGGCAAUUACAAGUCCGAGAUUGGUUUAAGAAGGGAUGGGGAAUUUUAAACGCUAAGUUUGCUUAUGUUGGUCUAGCUCUGCCUGGAGAAAAUGGAUCAUGGCAGAUAGAGAGCAAGGGUUAUCAAUUCUGGGCUCAAGCUGAUGAGAAUGGCUACUUUGAAAUCAAAUACGUUAUACCAGGGGACUAUAAUCUGUAUGCCUGGGUUCCUGGGUUUAUUGGUGAUUACAGAUAUAAUGCUACAGUCAGCAUCAAACCAGGCGGUGUCAUUAAAUUGGGUCCACUUGUAUUUAGUCCUUCAAGAAAUGGCCCUACGAUAUGGGAAAUUGGUAUCCCAGAUCGGUCAGCCCAAGAGUUAUACGUACCAGACCCUGACCCUAAGCUUGUGAACAGAUUAUAUCAGAAUGAUACGAGAAACAGGUUUAGACAAUAUGGGUUGUGGGAGCGUUACACUGACUUGUACCCGGAGAAAGACCUCGUUUAUAAUGUUGGCGUCGAUAGGCAUGACAAGAAUUGGUUUUUUGCUCACAUUUCCAGAAGGACAGGAAAUGACACAUACCAACCAGCAACAUGGCAGAUUAAAUUUGAACUUGACGAUUAUGUCACAUCAUCAGGAAACUACACGCUUCAAGUGGCCUUAGCGUCAGCCAAUGAAGCUAAGUUGCAGGUUUGGUUCAAUGAUGCGAGCGAGGUUGAUCCCCACUAUGAGACAGCGAGGAUGGGAAAAGACAAUGCAAUAGCGAGGCAUGGAAUUCACGGGUUGUAUAGUUUGAUCAGUAUUGAAGUAGCAAGUGAUCGGUUUAAGAAGGGAAGCAAUACUAUCUAUCUCAAGCAGUCAGAAGCCUCAGACUCAUUUCAAGGUGUUUUGUAUGAUUAUCUCCGUUUAGAAAGACCUCCAACUGAUUCAAGGAUAUGAAUUCUCUCUUUGUAAUGGACACCGUAUAAUCAGGGUGAUUUAUGGGAAAUGACGAGUAAGGACUCUGUAAAAAAAUUAAUGUCAAAUUAGGGUUUCUUCACAACUAAAGUUCUCAACUUCAUAAUUCUUUUUCCCAUAUUGUAAUACUAAAAUUAUUGAUUUGACAUUAAUUUUUUUAUAAGGUCCUUACUUAUCAUUUUUUCAUUUAUUAUUUGUGUAAAAUGAUCAUUUUUUCUAGGUAGAAUGAAUAAUUUAUUUGUCUAUUUUUUUUAUUACACUUUGGUUCAUAAUUUAUAAGGUCAUAGGUUCAAAUCAAUAUGAAGACCUUGUUCAUA